AUGAACCGAAGGUAUCUGGAGGACACGGGGCAUCAGCAGCAGGCAUUCUGGGCCGCACGGCAGCGCAUGGCCGCAAGCGCGACCGUGCCAGCACUGGCCACGAAGGAAAGCGCCGCGGAGGAGCUCACGUUGGAUGUCCUGGCGAUGCGCCUCGAGUGGCUAGAGGUCCACACGCGGACGCGCCUGGACGCCACGGAGAAAGGCUUCGCCUCCGUCCAGUCAUGCGUGGAUCGCCUCAGUGAUAUGCCAACGCAGCUGGAGAACUUGUUCAGCUCCGACCUCGACAACUUGCGCCAGGAAGUCUUGGAGGCGUUGCAGAACGAGCGCGACAAUGCGCACAACGCCGGGCAAGUCUUGGCACGGACGCUGGGCAGCGAAAUUACAAGGAGCGUGGCAGAGCAGGCGAUCGCCGAAGUUCGCAUGGAGAUCGUCUCGCAGACGCAGGCUGAGGCGAAGCUUCUGCGCGAGGAGUUCGCAAGAUCGCGCUCAGACGAGGCAUCAAUGCACUUGAGCGACGUCAAGCCAGUGGCCUUUCGGCAUCCCCUCUCAGCGAGGAGGCCAUAG